AUGACGGACGAUAGCCAGAUUCCUCGUUGUUGGAUGCCAUGUCUUGUCCCACGAACCGGCGACUUCGAGAGCAAGAUGCACGAUGGAGCUGGGCGUAGAACCUGCACCGUUCCAAUAGAAAGGUCUUGGGGAGCUGAGAUAACUCCAAUUGGUUUCUUGAGGUCUGUGCAAGCUGCCUGGGCCAUCUUGUUGCGAUCGUAUACGGCAAGCGACGAUGUCUGUUUCCGAGUAAUGAAAGGGGAAAGACCAGCUGCCUCGACCCAGCCCGUCGUCUAUAGAGCAAGCUUGACAGGUUCGACACCAGUGCUGUCACUUCUGGAGCUGGAUGCUGUUACGGUGCAGCAUUUGUCCAAUGGAUCUACCGACAGACUACCGUAUAAUACGGCCAUUUACUACAAUGAUGACAGCGGCCUAUCAGAGUGCUUGAAAGAUAUAAAUAUCGCGGUUCGAGUUCAAUACAAUAGGACAGAGCGUGUUGAGUCUAUGGAGCUUGGCUACAAAACCGACACACUUUCUCAUGAGCAGGCUAAGAUUAUUGCCAAAACUUUGGUCCAUCUACUAUCAGAAAUUCAAAGUCACUCAAAUGCGACGAUACAGGAUAUCAGAGUCUGUAGUGCCGCCGACCUUGAUCGCAUGAGAAGAUGGAACAAGGAGUUUACUGGUGACUUCUCCACUGCCGAAAGAUCUGUUCACGAGGUAAUCUUGCAAAAAUGCCACGAGAGGCCGAGCGCUGUGGCGGUGUCAGCUUGGGACGGUGACAUAACAUAUGACGAGCUCGACGGAUUGUCUGCUGCCCUGGAAACCCAGUUGAGAGAGGCUGACGUGAAACCCGAGGAGUUUGUUCCUCUCUAUUUCGAAAAAUCUAAAUGGGUGCCAGUGGCAGUUCUCGGUAUUCUCAGAGCUGGAGCUGCAUUCGUCUUACUGGAAACUUCUCAUCCGGUAGACUGGUUGCAAAAGAUAUGCGAGUCUAUUUCUGCGACAGUCGUGCUAUGUGCUCCAGAUUCCCUGUCCAUGGCUAAGCAGCUGGCCCCAACAGCGAUCCCUUUGAGCCUGGACCCUAGUAAAGUGGACUCACAAAGGAGCCGCUCGGACGGAUUGUGCCACGCUUCUAGUCCCCUGUAUGCUGUCUUCACUUCGGGAAGUACGGGGAGACCAAAAGGGAUUGUCAUGGAGCAUGGUCCCUUCUGUACCUCUACCAAGAGAACUGUGGGUGCGCUCGAAAUUGGACCGAACACACGACGUCUGCAAUUCGCCUCUCAUGCAUUCACUAUGUGUAAUCGUGAGGUUCUCACCACACUGAUGGUAGGUGGAUGUCUGUGCAUUCCGUCAGCACACCAGCGGAUAUACGAUCUGGUGGGGUUUAUCAACCGUCAUAAUGUUAACUAUAGCUAUAUGACGCCAUCGACGGCCGUUAUUCUAUCGCCCGAGGCGGCUCCCGGCAUUCGAGUCCUGUUGUUAGGUGGCGAGGCUAUGCAGCCAUCUCUUCUUGCGAAAUGGGCUGGCAAGGUGAAACUACUGUACGGUUACGGUGCUAGUGAAACGGCUGGGGUCGCAAUUCUUGCCUCUGAUAUAGGAUCCGACUGGGAUCCGCAUAAUCUAGGCUUUGCUCGUGACUCAGCCCUCUGGGUGACGGAAGUUAACAACCCGAAUCGAUUAGCACCGAUUGGCGGAGUAGGCGAGUUGCUCAUUCAGGGAGAAGGCCUUGCCCGGCAUUACAUUGACGAUGAAGAGAGGAACCGUCGUGUUUUCCUGCAGGGAGUGGAAUGGUCUAACGGUUUUUCCGAAUUCCGUUUGUAUCGUACCGGGGAUUUGGUGCGUUAUAACGUGGACGGUUCCAUCCGCUACAUCGGACGAAAGGACAGUCAGAUAAAGAUCAAUGGCCAGCUGGCUGACAUGAACCACGUGGAACACGUGGUCCAGCGAUGUAUGGAGGGUCUCUCGCUGGAAUUUCAACACGUUGCUGCUAUUGCGGUCCCGGCAGCAGGCGGAGGCUCAGCAAAGCGUCGGAGCCUGCAAUUAAUGGCCAUAUUAGGUCACGGACCUCAGUUGAAACAGGAUGACCAGGAUACUACGAUCACCAACCUGGAAAAUGGUUUUCCGGGCUUGAGUACAUCGCUGGAAAAAGUGCUGGCUAACUACCUGCCCCGAUACAUGAUUCCAACUCACUUCGCGUUUUGCAAGAACAUGCCGAUGACGAAAUCAGGGAAGAUGAAUCGUCCCAAGCUCACUGAGCUAGCGGUUCAGGUCCUCGCGGAAGCUACCACAGAGCACAAGGACCGAUACUCAGAUAGCAGAGAAGAGCGUGCUCUGAAAGAUGCAUGGAAUGAGACACUGGGGAUGCUGCCUCUCCUUGGAGACGACUUCUUUCGAAAGAGCGGAGAUUCUAUAAAAGCUAUACAACUCAGCGCACGACUCCACGAAGACGGGUUUGUCUUGACCGUUGUCGAUAUAUUUAGGGAAAGGACAUUUGCAGCUAUGGCGACGGCCCUGAGAGCAAUUUCCUCCACGGGUAUGCCGGAACCGGCACCGCCGCCCUUCUCUUUGUACACCGCGGAUGCAAGUGUUUUAAGGGCCAUUUCUGAGGAGUUGGCAGUUGGCAUGAGUCUUAUUGAGGAUCUCUAUCCGUGCACCCCAAUGCAGGAAGCCCUGGUGGCGUCUUCCGUUAGAAAUCAAGGGGCAAGCAUAGCACGACACGCCUGGACAUUACCAAAGACAGUGAAUUUGGACAUGUUCAAAAAGUCCUGGUCCACUGUUUGGAUGUCAAACCCUGUCCUCCGCUCGCGCAUCGGACGAGUGGGUUCUCGCAUGCUCCAGGUUGUAACACGGACUGAAAUGCCAUGGAGGGUAGUCAAAAGCCUUGACGAUCCGGAACCGGUAAGCAGCGAGAGAGGGCCUCUGAUCCGGUUUGCGGUGACUCUGGAAAAACCAUCACGUUUUCAGCUUGUUAUUCAUCACGCCGUCUUUGACGCAUGGUCCUUGAGCCUUGUGUGUAAGCAGGUGCAACAUGCAUACCAGGGAACGCAAGUCGCAUUGCAUUCUUUCAAUCGAUUCAUCCCCUAUCUCCGUCAAAAUGCUGGGCUGGCCUCAGCUCUCUAUUGGCAGGAGGAGCUUGGUGGCUUCAAAGGGUGCCAUUUCCCCGAGUCCCCAGCCGGUGCAACUGUGCAGGAAAAGUCCAUGAUGACAGUCGCACAUUCAUUCGAGACAGAGCUGGCAGGUGAACUGGGAUUCACUGCAGGAACAUAUCUCCGGCUUGCAUGGGCAAUUGUGCUGAGCCAAGAAACAGGCUGUCCAGAUGUUGUUUUUGGGGCCAUUGUAACUGGACGCAGUGCAGCCAUGGCAGGUAUCUCCAGUCUCAGUGGACCUACAUUAGCCCUAGUGCCAGUGCGUGUUCAGCUAAGUCCCACUGUCUCGGUCGAUUCAACUUUGCAACAAGUUGAGGAACAGUCAUUUCGAAUGAUUGCCUACGAGCAGACAGGGCUGCAGCACAUUGCAAAGGCUGGCGAUGAUGUUGAAGCGGCUAGUAAAUUCCAGAAUGUUAUGGUCAUUCAACCGCGCCAACGCAUGGAGUCAAUGCGAUCCGGCCUGUUCGCUCACCCCGUGGAUAGGAAAGCAGACUACUUGCUCCCCUUUACGAGCCAUCCUUUCAUGCUUGUUUGCCAUAUUGGUGAAGGAAGUGUAUCUCUUGAAGCGUCAUUUAAUUCCUGUGUCGUCUCUUCGGACAAUGUCCGACGUCUUCUUCGACAACUCGCCCACACUGUUAAAGAGCUGAUCAGGAGGCCACAAAGUACCAUUGGGGAAAUCUCGCUUCUCCCUGUCGAGGACCGAGAACAAAUUAAGCAAUGGAAUAAUCACGUCUCAUCAAGCUCUCAGACCUCUGUUGUGGACCUCAUCCGACGCCGGUGUCAGACACAGCCAGAUUCAGUUGCGCUGUGCGGAGCUGACUGCUCGCUGACAUACCAAGACCUUGAUCGAUUCUCAGCCAACUUUGCAGCAUGGUUAAAGGCGAGGGGAGCCUGCAGGGGACAGUAUGUGCCUCUCAUGUUCAAAAAAUCCCCCUGGGCCUCAGUAGCCAUGACAGCAGUUCUCAGAACUGGCGCUGCUUUUGUCAUGUUGCCUCCAUCGUACCCUUUGGGGCGUCUGAGAAGCAUUGUGUCAGAGACCGAGGCACAGUUUAUUGCUGCCUCCCCUGCGUGUGCCGAGGCUAGUCGUCAGCUGUCUGGAAACGUUAUCGUGCUCGACGGUAAAGCGUCCGAACAUCCGCCUGAGGGCCAGCAAUACUCCAGCGCUGCAGCAGAUUCAGCCUUUAGAUCCAAUGAUCCUGCGUAUCUUGUCUUUACCUCGGGUUCAACCGGCAAACCAAAGGGUAUUGUAUUGCACCAUGGUGCAGUCACGACAGGGAUUGCAGAGCGAUGUCAGGGCCUUCGGCUUGAUUCGUCAAGCCGCGUUUUUCAGUUCGCUUCGUACGCCUUUGAUGUUAGCAUCAAUGACACUAUAAUGGCCCUUGUUACUGGUUCUUGCCUCUGCGUGCCCACUGAGUCAGAGCUGCAGGAUAACCCUAGCCAAGCAGCGUUUCAGCUUAGGGCAAACUGGGCUAUGGUUACACCAUCUAUCAUCCGGUUGCUCGACCCGACUGUGGCAUCGACAUUGAGAACUUUUGUCGUUGGUGGAGAACCUUUGACACUUGAUGUUGUUAAGAAAUGGGAGCACCAUGUUCGUAUUAUCCAGAUCUAUGGCCCCGCUGAAUGUACAGUCCUGUCUACGAUCCAAGCAGACGUUACAUCAGACUCAGAAAUGCGGAAUAUUGGAAAGGCCGUCCACUCGGCUUCUUGGAUUGUUGACCCACACGACCAUGAUCGCCUCCGACCCAUAGGAAUGACCGGUGAAUUGCUUCUGCAAGGACCUACAGUUGGAUUAGGAUAUCUCAAAAAUCCAAAACAAUCAGCCGCAUCAUUCGGCUCAUCUCCUCAGUGGCUACAAGAAAUGUCUGCCCCGAGCAGCUCACACGCGAUCUAUAAGACCGGCGAUCUCGUCAAGUACGGCGAAGACGGAAGUCUGUUUUUCGUAGGUCGCAAAGACCUGCAGAUUAAAUUCCGUGGACAGCGCCUGGAACCCGCUGAAGUUGAAUCCAACAUCAUGUCUCUGAUCCCUGCCAUAAAAGAAAUCAUGGUUGAAAUGAUCCAAUUCAAAACGCAAAGCAGCCGAGAAGCUCUGGUUGCGUUCAUAUGCCCUGGGUCAAGUAUGAACUGGGGCUUCUCAGAGGACCCGAACGGGAACUUAGAUCUUCUCACGCCUGGAGGUUCAUUCUAUAACGAUAUCGCGACGCUCUCCUCCCAGUUGGGUGAGCGGCUGUCCUCUUACAUGGUCCCAACCAUAUUUAUCCCGCUUAGGAAAAUGCCGCUCACCCUCACAAUCAAAGUCAACCACACACUGCUGCGAGAAGAGAUUGCAACAUGGCUGCCAGAAAAGAUCAGUGCCUAUCGCCCACACAAAGCGUCCCAAGCUGCAGGACGCGGCCCAAAAUCGGCGCGCGAAGAAUGCAUUUACAAGCUCGCGUGCAGCAUACUAAGCAGAGAUGACCAGAAUGUGUCAAUGGACUAUGAUUUCUUCAGUCUUGGUGGAGAUUCUAUAACCGCAACCCUGUUUGCUUUGGCAGCGAAACGAGAAGGGAUACGCAUCUCCGUCAAUGAUAUAUUCCAGCACAAGACCCUCGCACAGUUAGCUCAGAGCACAGUGAUUGAACGGCCUCAGUGCAAAGAGCUAAGCCAUGACCAAUCGCUUGCAAUGACCCAACAAAUACGAAAGCUGAUUGCAAAAGUUCUCAAGCUUAAUGAAUCACAGGUCACCAACAGCAGUGAUUUCAUUGACCUAGGUGGUGAUUCCAUAACAUGUCUUGAAUUGGUAGUGCAGGCGAGGCGAGAAGGGAUUCUCAUAACCGAGCAAUCUGUAUUUGAAACCCCGAGGAUAUCGAGCUUAGUGAGAGUUGCGAAGGUCAAAGCAGGCGAGAAAUUCAACGAGCCAUCGCAGAGACUCGUUUCUGUCUCUGACGAAACGCUCCGGAAGGAGCUGCCGGCUGAUGUCUUUGCGCAUGUCGUCGAGGUUUUACCCACUACACAGUUCCAGCGAAUGAGCAACAUUGCGAUGAACUAUCGCUAUUAUCGAAUUGCCCUACCCGUUCGUUUCGACAAGUCGAGGCUUCUGUCGGCCUGCCAGCAGCUUGUUCAUAGGCAUGCAAUUUUGCGUACUGGUUUCUUCAAGCUCAGCUCCGGGGACGAGGUUCAACUUGUUCUACAGCCUCGAAAGGUGGCCGUGCACGAGCACCAUGCGAAAGACUUGGACGAGCAUUGCUGGCAGGAUAACAAAGUGGCGGAUUCUCAGAACUGUGGAAAGCCGCCGUUUCAGGUGCAAUUGGUGACGGUGCCUCAUGGCCGUGUCUUUCUUGUCUUCCGACUCAGUCAUGCCUUGUUCGAUAGGCUCUCAAUUCGUUUAAUUAGCGAAGACAUAUCCAGCAUCUACAGCAGACAGCCUUUACUGCAAACCAACCCACUAUCAGUUCAUCUCCGCGCAGCACUCGCGCUUCGAAACGACGCCGCAUUCAACACCUGGCGUCGAGUAUUAGCGGGAUCCGAAGUAACUCGGCUAGCAAGGGAACGGUUGCCUGUUAUGGAGGAAGCGACGCUAUGCAAGGAGCCUGCUUAUCUGGUGAAAAUUGAGAAACAAAUCACCCCUGUCGUGCCACCUUCCGGAUUCACAUUGUCCACGUUGUUGAAAGCAGCCUGGGCGACGACGCUGGCGGAGAUCUUCCGACCGCAUGGCACAAGUCUAGCGGGCUCUGGGCAAUCGAGCAAUCCUCCUGUUGUCUUCGGCCAAGUUGUACACGGACGAGGCGUGGGAGUACCACAUGAGGACCGAAUUCUCGGGCCCUGCAUUAGUAUUAUUCCCGUUCGCGUUGAUGUUGACCACACAGCACCCCGUAUCGAUCUUUUGCGCCAGAUUCAGCAGCAAAUGGUCGAUACUAUGCCAUACUCCACUCUAGGCUUUGAUGACAUCCGCGACAAUUGCACUACAUGGCCAAAGAGUACCAGACUGCCGAGCUUUUUACGAGUUCGCAACUACCAAUUCACUCCGCCCUGCUGGUUUGAAGGGGUCCCCUGCGAGGCCAUCCACUAUGGCAUCCCUAAUAAGCCUUCGCCGUCGGCCAACGUCCAUGUUGUACCCUCGUCGACCGAGCUUCAUGUUGAUAUCACGAUUUCGAGUCAUAUGCUUGGCCCAAAGCAGGUGAAAUAUAUUGUGCAUCAUUUCUGCAAGACCAUACAAUCGUUCGAUGCGGGUAUACGAUCUGUCUAG